AUGUCGGAAAGAGCACGCGAUUUUCAGGUCUCCGCCAACAACAGCCGAUGUGGCGGCUCCAAACGCCUCCGCUACAGUAUCCAAGACGGCGCGGUGAGACCAAAACAUCAAAAUUCAAAGUCUCGCUACGAGGAAUCGGAGGAGAAAAUUUUACAAGCAAUAAGAACAACUACACAUUCAAAUGAUGUGUUCAAAUAGAAAGAUCUAUCAUGCGUACGGGUAAAUAAUUAGAUAAACUGUCCUUUCUAAAAGGAAAUCCCUCCAAUCGAAUAUUCAACCGAAAAAAGAGUGGCUGAAAAGAGUGAAGUCUCAGAUUCUGAACAUCGACUCCAUUUCUGGGACAGUGUGUGUGGAGAAAAGCUUCGACUACGAAACGCAAACGACGUUCCAGACCAACGUGAUCGCAUCCAACUCCGGUAGGUCAGACGGUCAUCGUGACCAGAGCUCUCAAAAUCAACUAUUCAUCAGUUCUUCAAACUAAAACGAGCUAAUUGGAAGUUAUAGAUUGAGAUAGCUCACAGCUCCAAACUGAAUAUGAAUUUACCACCUUCCCAAAAGGGAGAGUCAACGGGACUAUCGAAGUUCAGAAAAAAUAUAGAAGCUCAUGAAGAAAAUUUGAAAUGUUUUUAAAAAAUGUAUUCUCUUCAUCUGUAGAGAGUGAGUAGGACUUUGUGUAAGAUUUAACCAAAAAUUCAUAUUUUCCUUGAACAUUCGAUAUAAGGCUAGUGGUUUUGAUAUCUUGCCGAAUGCCAGGCGGAGAAUCUUCGACGGCCUUGGUAUCGAUUCGUGUGACCGACGUCAAUGACAACGCACCUGUCUUCUACCCUCAGAUCUACAACAUUUCGGCUCGGGAAGGAGAACUCUCCGAUUCGGCUUUGCUAGUCGUGUCCGCCGUCGACGCCGAUCGUGGCGUCUUCGGACAGGUACAUCCAAUCUUCUCAGAAAUCGUAUUCAUCGAUGUUCAAGCUCUCUAACAUUGAAGUUUUCAAGAAGAUUAAGCAUUACGAUGUGUUCGAAUUCUAACUUCUGAUAAGAAAUGUUUCGCCGAGAAUUUCCUGUUGUAAAUUCUUUAAAUAAGAAAUAUUUUCAACCGAUGUUUACCUUCAUGAAGCGAUAUGGAUCAUUCAUUUAGCGAUGUAGACUCUAUUGCUUCAUGAGUCAGACAGAAGUGGUGAUUAAGUUAGUUUACUCUAAGAAAAAAAAUGCCUCGAAAAAAGUUUUAAUGUUUAUAGAGAAAGAGGAAGUUUUCAAAUUUGUGGAAAUAUCAAAUUCAAAGAGAAAAAGAAGUAAAGUCAGAGGUUUCCCAUCAAAAUAACAGCAGAGGAGGGCUAUGGUGGGUACACACGCCGAAUUAUAAGCUUCAAGGCAAAAGUGCAGAGAGCAGGUGGGAAAGUAAGGCUUCAAAACUGACUAUUAAUGACAUUUUUCCGCUCCGCUCGUGAGAGAAAGUAAAAAAAAUUUCCUGAGUAGCUUUCCCGUUAUCGUUAACGCAAAAAUUCUGAUUGAAGCCAACACUUAUUCUUCUUGAACGGCGAAAAAAAAGAGAUGAAUGUUGCCUCGGCACUAUGUAAUCAAAAAAUUUUAGAAAUACAUGACAAGAAUCAUAAAAAGCGAGGGAAUCUUUCGGAGUUUGUCUUAUUUUGUUUACCUUUAGCGUUGUUGUUUUGAAGAAAAAUUGAAUAUCAAAAUCCUUAAUAAACGCUAUAAAAAGCCGUUUAAUUACUGUUCUGAUUUUGGGAUAAAGAAAACAAGAAGUGCAGGUUCGAUAUGCGUUGAUGAGCGACUCUGCCACAUUUUAUAUCAAUAUAUCCUCAGGCGAACUUUUCGCUAAGGUGAGUCGAAAGUUUUUUUUUCCAAUUUUGUUAUUACAAAUUUCAAGAGACGCCUGCCGCGAGGGAAAUAUCAUUUGAUCAUUUCUGCUGUGGACGGAGGCGGCCUUCACGCCGAAAUCGCAGUAAGUUUUGUUCCUUUGAUCAUUUAUUCAUUGAACCAUACAAUGGAAAAGCGGGAUCUUCAUUCCAAGAAAUAGCAAGACAUUCCCAGCCAUGACUUCCUACCUCUGAAAGGUUGAUUUUCAAGGCGCACGUCCACAUUUUGGUGAUUUCGAGCGAUGCGGUGGCCCCGGUCUUCACUCAGCUGAAAUACGUCAUCAGGACGACGGAGGACAUUUUGCCAGGAAUCGUCAUCGGAUCCGUGGCUGCCGUCGCUCCAAACCCCGUUCGCUACAGGUUUCUGCCGAGCUCGGGCCAACCAGGAACGGGGCACCUCAAACCUUUGGUUAUGGGAACUUUAGCACAACCGGAAGAGGGUAG